UUCUCUCUGCAGCUUGUAGUUCAAUGACGUCAAAUGGCACUGAGUGUGAGUAAAGAGGGAACUCAAAUCUCAGAUCUAUUCAACAACAUUCCUAGCCAGGCUGCAUCCAUCUAGCAUUGUGCGACGAGUAUUUUACAUCCACCGGUUCUGAUUUCAAUUUUGGACACAACCGCCGAGAGAUCAAGACCCUGUAAUGGCGAACACUGCCCUGGGAGAAUCUUCCUCAACCUCUGGUGCUCCUAAUUCAAGUCUGACUUGGAAAUAUGACGUUUUUCUGAGUUCUAGUGGAGAAGAUACUGUCUUGAAGUUUACAGAUCACUUGUAUCAUGCUCUCACUAGACAUGGGAUCAGAACUUUUAGAGAUGAUGAAGGACUUCAGAGAGGAGAAGUUAUAUCAACACAGCUCAUUCAAGCAAUCAAGGAUUCUCGCUGUGCAGUUGUGGUUCUCUCUCAAAAAUAUGCAGAUUCCAAAUGGUGUUUGAAUGAACUACAACAAACUCUUGAAAGCAGGAAAGAAAUGGGUGGACGAGUUUUUCCCAUCUUCUAUGAUGUAGAUCCAUCUGAUGUAAGAAAUCAAAGAAAAAGAGUGGGAGAAGCUCUAGCCAAUCAUGAAAAGAGACUUAGAGGAGACACGGGCAAAACAGUGCAGAUUUGGAGAAACUCUUUAUCUGAAAUUGGAAAUAUGAUUGGUUGGGACGCUAGAAGUCGGCCUCAAGCCCAACUUAUCGAAGAAGUAGUUGGAGAAGUAUGGAAAUAUUUAUGUUCCAAGUUACCAUUUUAUGAUAAUAAUUUGGUUGGAAUAGAGCGAAGAAUGGUUGAUCUAAUGUCAUGCUUGGAGAUUGGGUUGGAUGACAUUCGCGUUGUAGGGAUAUGGGGUAUGGGCGGCGCUGGCAAAACAACUCUUGCAAGAGUUGUUUAUGAAAAAAUCUCAGACAGAUUUGAAAUAUGUUCAUUUCUUCCCAAUGUUAGAGAAACUCUGCAGACAAAAGGCCUAGUCUAUUUGCAGAAAAGGCUUCUUUUUCGUCUUAGAAUAAAUGCGGAAAUUCACGAUGACCAUGAAGGGAUGGAUAUGAUAAGAAAGCAUUUCUACAAUAAAAAGGUUCUUCUUGUCCUUGAUGAUUUAGAUUGCACGACUCAAUUCGAGAAGUUAGCUGAAAGUCUAGAUUGGUUUGGUAAAGGUAGCAAAAUAAUUAUCACAACGAGAAACAAGCACGUGCUUACUUCAUGUGAAGCGAAAAUAUAUGAGAUGAAAGUGAUGGAGGAAGAUGAGUCUCUUCAACUCUUUUCGAAGGAAGCAUUCAAGAAAGAUGUUCCUGAAGAGGAUUAUUUGGAGUUGUCCAAAUCUGUGGUUGCAUAUGCAGGAGGUCUUCCUUUGGCACUAAGCGUUUUGGGUUCUUUUCUUUUCGGAAGAAGUAAAGUUGAGUGGAUCGACAUUUUCAGUUCGAAGCAAAUUUUGAAUGAAAAUAUUCAUCAAAUCCUUAAAAUAAGUUAUGAUGGAUUAAAUGAGAAAGAAAAAACAAUAUUUUUGGAUAUUGCUUGUUUUUUCAGGGGUUGGAGAAAAGAUGUAGUGACCCAAGUGUUGAAAGGUUGUGAUCUAAACCCUACAAUUGAAAUACAAGUGUUGAUUGAAAGAACUUUACUGGUUGAGAGGGAAAGUCUUUUGGGAUAUCCCACUUUAGAGAUGCACGUUUUAUUUGAAGAGUUGGGUAGGGAUAUUAUUCGCCAAGAAUCUUUCAAUGCUAGCAACCGUAGCAGGUUGUGGGAGUUUGAGAACAUUAAGGAAGUAUUGGAAAAUAAUACGGGAACUGAAGCAAUACGAGCUACUGCUAUGCAAGGAUAUUAUUCUUGGAACUCAAAAGAAAGAAAAGGAUCUGAAGCAAUACAAGUUAUUGUUAUGCAACCAUUGUAUGGGAGGUUGCCUAAAGUAAAAGUACACCCUGAAGCAUUUUCAAAGAUGAAUAAUAUUAGAUUGCUCAUAAUAGAAGACAGACAUCAUGCGCUCAUCUUACCAAGGGGAUUGAAAUUUUCUAGUGCAUUGAAAGUUGUUUGCUGGCGACAAUUUCCUCUUGAAACUCUGCCACUUCCCUUGGAUAAACUUGUUCAUAUUGAAAUGCAAGACAGCAAAAUAAAGAAACUUUGGAAUGGUGAACAGCAUAUGGAAAAGUUGAAACGUAUUGAUCUGAGCGAUUCUCACAGUUUGAUUGAAACUCCAAACUUCUUAGGAGUUCCAAAUUUAGAAUAUUUAAAUCUCUCUAGGUGCGUAUCCCUUGUUAUGGUUCAUUCCUCACUUGGAGAGUUGAAAAGACUUGUUGAGAUUAACUUGAAGGGUUGUAGAAAUCUUGAAAUCCUACCAAGAAGAUUGGAAUCAAAUUUUUUGGAAAGGUUAGAUCUACAUGAGUGUGGAAAAGUUGCGGUGCUCCCAAAGUUUGGGGAAGGUAUGAAUAAACUAUCAUAUCUUGAUGUGAGUAAUACUGCUAUGACUACACUUCCAGAAUCGCUUGGUUCCUUGACUGGUCUUCGAUAUUUGGAUUUGGGAGGGUGCAGAAUUCUUGAUCUUGACAAGUUGAAGACUCCCAUAACUUGUCAAAUUUCUAGCUUGGAUGUAACUUCAUUAACAGAGUUAUGUUUAAAUUGGUGUGGCUUGAAUGAUGGAUCAAUUCUUGAUAAUAUUGGUGGUUUAUCAUCCCUCAUUGCAUUGGAUCUAGGAGGAAAUGAUUUUGUUAAUCUUCCCACGGGUUGCUUCUCUGGUCUCUUUGGACUUCUCUAUCUUUUUUUGGAUGAUUGCAAAAGGCUCAAGUCAUUACCAUCGCUUUCAGCACGGUUGAUUCGGUUAAGUGCAGCCGGCUGUGAUUCAAUGGAACCUUUAUCAGAUAGACAGUCAUGGAAUUUGGUUGCUUCAAGAGACCAUGAGUAUCGUGGGCGAAUUGAAUAUGUAAAUACUGAUGAGAGGCGUGAUGACGAUGAUGUUCAUGAUGCUAUAUUGUUGUUCAAGAACGUUAAGUCGGAAUAUCUGCCACAAAGAGAUUUUGUUGCAAUUAUGCCAGCUGUAUGGGAAAUACCAUCAUGGUGUACCAAUAAAGAAUAUUACCCUUUGGAUGAGGGAAGAAAGGAAUGUGAGAUAAAAGUGGACAUACCUCAACAUUUCCGUGAAAGUGAAUGGUUAGGAAUUGUUGUAUGCCUCCAUUUCUCAGGAGGCGCUGGUGGGAUGUGGUGGAGUAGCAAAGGUGCAGAAGAUGCUGAUUACAUACGCAAAGACUGGGCGCAUGUAAUUCCCAUGAGGUUCUCAAAAUCAACUAAUCCUCAACUGUGCUGCAUAAUGAUGGUGUUGGAAUUAAAUGAGAAAACAUGUUGGCAACAUCUAACACCUCAUAACAACUCCCUUCACAUUUUACUUUCUACUUUCGGAAGUCAGAUCUGUCCCCCCAGCUCGCAAAUAUGGGGAUGUGGGUGGAGAGUGAUAUGUAAAGAAGAGAUGCAAGUGAAUGUCACCCCACCACCACUACUUCCUACACCUCAUCAUCAGGUCAUGCUUUCACAAAGACUCCUUCGUGAAGUAGUUAGAGACAUGCAUGUAGCAGAGAGAAAACAGAUUGCAGUUUGGAGACAAUCAAGAGCUCGAAGCCCUGCAAUGGCCAACACUGUGCAGGGAGAAUCUUCCGCAACCUCUUGUGCUUCUAAUUCGACUCCGACUUGGAAAUAUGAUGUUUUCUUGAGUUUUAGAGGAGAAGACACUCGCUUGAACUUUACAGAUCACUUGUAUCAUGCUCUCAAAAGAAGUGGGAUCACAGCUUAUAGGGAUGAUGAAGAACUUGAGAGAGGACAAGUUAUAUCACCACAGCGCAUUCAAUCAAUUAAGGAUUCUCUCUGUGCAGUUGUCGUUCUCUCUGAAAAUUAUGCAAAGUCCACCUGGUGUUUGGAUGAACUCCAAAAAAUUCUUGAAAGCAUGAAUGGAAUGGGUCGACCAGUUUUCCCCAUAUUCUAUGAGGUAGAUCCUUCUGAUGUAAGACAUCAAAUAAAAAGUUUCGUAGAAGCUCUGGCUGAACAUGAAAACACAUUCAGAAAAAACGUCAACAAAGUGCAGAAUUGGAAAAAUGCGUUGUCUGAAAUUGGCAAAUUAUCUGGUUGGAAGACCCGAAAUCAGCAUGAAGCAAAUCUUAUCGCAGAUGUGGUGGGAAAGAUAUCUCGUUUUACUUUUAAGGUACCAUCUUACGAUGAUAAUCUGGUUAACAUACAGCCAAGAAUGAUUGAUCUAAUGCCAUGCUUGGAGAUUGGGAGGGAUAACGUUUGCCUUGUAGGAAUAUGGGGGAUGAGUGGUGCUGGUAAAACAACUCUAGCAAGAGUGGUUUUUGAAAAAAUCUCUGACGAAUUUGAAGUGUGUUGCUUUCUUCCUAAUGUUGGAGAAACUUUGCGAAGAGAAGGCCUAGUUUCUUUGCAAAAAAAAAUUAUUUCUCAUCUAAGAAUAAGAAACAUGAAAAUUUAUGAUGAUCAUGAAGGAAUGAGCAUGAUGAUAAGACAGCUUUUCUGUAAUAAAAAGGUUCUUCUUGUCCUUGACGAUUUAGAUCAUACGAGUCAAUUGAAGAAUUUGACUAAAAGUCCAAAUUGGUUUGGCAAAGGAAGCAGAAUAAUUAUUACUACAAGAGAUAUGCAUGUGCUCACCUCAACUGGAGGGAAAAUAUAUAGGAUGAGAGCCAUGGAGAAAGAUGAGUCUCUUCAACUCUUUUCUAAGAUAGCAUUCAAGAAAGAUCAUCCUGAAAAGGAUUAUUUGGAGUUGUCUGAAUCUGUGGUUGCAUAUGCAGGAGGUCUUCCUUUGGCACUUAAAGUUUUGGGUUCUUUUCUUUGCAAAAGAAGUGAAGAUGAGUGGACCAAUACUUUAGAUAGAUUGAAGCAAAUUGAAAAAAGUGGAGUUCUUGAUCAAAUACUUAAAAUGAGUUAUGAUGGAUUGAAUGAGAAAGAAAAGACAAUAUUUUUAGAUAUUGCUUGUUUCUUCAGGGGUUGGAUGAAACAUAAAGUAAACCAAGUUUUGGAAGGCUGUGAUCUAAAUCCAACAAAUGAAAAAAUUCUACUUGUUGAAACAAAACAUCUUUGGGAUGAUCCCACUUUAGAGAUGCAUGAUUUACUUGAAGAUUUGGGCAGAAAUAUUAUUCAUCGAGAAUCUCCCAAUGUCGGGAAGCGUAGCAGGUUGUGGGAGUUUGAGGACAUUAAGGAAGUAUUGGAAAAUAACACAGGAUCUGAAGCAAUCCAAGCAAUUGUUAUGCAAGAUUAUUGGAACUCAGAUGCAAGAAUAAAAGUGCAUCCUGAAGCCUUUUCAAAGUUGAAUAAUAUUAGAUUAUUGAUCUUAUCUGAGAAUAUUGAUGUUCAACUCAGAUUACCAAGGGAAUUGGAACUUUCUAGCCUCCAAUGUCCUUUUAGUGCAUUGAAAGUUGUUCGAUGGCCAUCAUUUCCUUUCGAAACUCUCCCACUUCCAUUGCAUAAACUUGUUGAUCUUCAAAUGCCUUCUAGCAAAAUAAAGAAACUUUGGAAUGGCAUAGAGUUCAUGAAAAAGUUGAAACGCAUUGAUCUAAGCUAUUCUAACAAAUUGAUCGAAACUCCAGACUUCUCAGGGGUUCCAUAUUUAGAACAAUUAAUUCUUUUGGGAUGCGAAGCCCUUGUCGAGGUUCAUCCUUCUCUAGGAGAGUUGAUAAUGCUUGUCAAGGUGGACUUGUCUUCCUGUGAAAAUCUUGAAAUCCUACCAAGUAAAUUGGAAACAAAUUCUCUAGAAAGGUUAGAUCUAAGUUGCUGUGGAAAAGUUGCGAUGCUACCAGAGAUUGGGGAAGGCAUGGAAAAAUUAUCAUAUCUUGAUGUGAGUGAUACUGCUAUAACUACACUUCCAAAAUCACUUGGUUCCUUAACUGGUCUUGGAUAUUUGGAUUUGAGUGACUGCAAAAUUCCUGAUCUUGGCAAGUUAUUGAAGAUUUCUGUGACACGCCAAAUUUAUGGCUUGAAUCUAACAUCAUUAACGGAGUUAUAUUUAAGGCGGUGUGGCUUAAAUGAUGGAUCAAUUCCUGAUAAUCUUGACAGUUUAUCAUCACUCAUUGUAUUGGAUCUAAGAGGAAAUGAUUUUGUUAAUCUACCCACGGGCUGCUUCUCUAGUCUCUUUCGACUUCUCUAUCUUUUUUUGGAUGGUUGCAAAAGGCUCAAGUCAUUGCCAUGGCUUCCAGCACGGGUGAUUCGGUUAAGUGCAGACAGUUGUGAUUCAAUGGAACCUUUAUCAGAUGAACAACUAUGGAAUUUGGUUGUUUCACGUGACCAUGAGUAUCGUGGGCGAACUGAAUAUGUAAAAAGUUAUGAGAUGUCUAGUGAUAUACAUCCCCCAUUUUUCAUGUUGGAGCACGUUAAGCCGGAAUUUCUUCCCCAAAGAGAUUUUCUGGCAAUCAUACCAGGAUGUGAAAUACCAUCUUGGUAUACAAAUAAAGAAUAUUAUCCUUUGGAAGAGAACGUUAAGGAAUGUGAGAUAAAAGUGGAGAUACCUCAGCAUUUCCGUGAAAGUGAGUGGUUACGAAUGGUUGUAUGCCUCCAUGUCUCAGGUGAGGGUGGUGGGAUUUGGUGGAGUAGUAAAGGUGCAGAAGAUGAUGAUUAUAUAUGCAAAGAGUGGGGGCAUGUUAUUGACCCUAGUGAGCGUGAUGAUGAUGAGACUCGUCCUAAACGGUGCAUAAUAAUGGUGUUGGAAUUAAAUGAGAAAACAUGUUGGCAACAUCUCACAUCUCAUAACAACUCCCUUCACAUUUUACUUUCUACUUCCGAAAGCAUUGGUGGUCAAUUUGACAUGAAAAUAAUGGGAUGUGGCUGGUGGAGAGUGAUACGUAAAGAAGAGAUGCCAGAGUGUUGCAUUCUCAAUCAUUUCACCCAACCACCACUACUUGCUCCUCCUCGUCAUCAGGUCAUGCUUUCAGAAACUCUCCUUGACCAAGUUGCUAGAAAAGUGUGGGGGAAAGGGAGAAGACAGAUAAGAGGUGCGUGAAAUAGUUAGAGCAGUGGAUGUAGAAGAAUGCAGAAGGAGGAACAAGUGAUGAAGGAGUGCACGUUUCACAUGCAAGGUGAUCAAAUGAUCAUGUGGUUUUUCAUAUAUUGCAUUAUUUAUUCAGCAAUCAAGUACAAUUAACUCGAGUUAGCUUUUUGAUUGAGGACAAUGAACAGGAUGACAUGUGAUGGUUUUCCCCCCUUCUCUCCUACUAAAAAGUAUUAAUCAAAUAAAUAUCUUAACAUGUCA